AGGGAGGAGGAACUUUAAGACGGCGUGUCCUGCAGAGAAAGGGAUGAUUUUCAUUGGAGGCUGCUGGGGGGGAGAAGAUUGCUUGGAAUUUGAGGAGAAGCCGUGGAGAGGAAAACUUUUCAGUCUUACUGCAGUCCACGGUCCCAAGAGCAAGCAAGAUGGCACCCUCCAAGCUCAAGUGGCUUUUCGUGGUCCAGUUCCUGCUGAGUGAACUCGCUCUGUGCAGGACACAGCCUUUGGCCUCUGUCGCUUCUCCGGCGAGUGGCGUCCUUGGGGAUGACGUGACGCCCACGCUCGAUUCUCAGAUGCUCCCGUCUGGUCCCAAAUUGAAGUUGGCACCCGCAAAGACGUCUGCCAAACACAUCGUAGCCAUCCUGGGGGCAAAGCUGCAAGAGAAGAUUCCAGCUCUCCAAGUUGAUGGGAAUGUCAGCUGUGGUGAGCUGCUGUCUGCCAGCAGCCUGGAUGACUCCUUGUCCUCCAUGUUCUCUCAGGAGCUUCUGGGUCUGUCUUUGGUGCCGGUGCUGGUGGUGGCAGGCUGCCCACAGGAGGCCCACGCCCUGGUGGUCAAACUCUAUGGCCAACUGGGGGUGGGCGAUACUGACCAGCUCCUCCUGGAGGUGCAGGAUCUGAUCCAGAGGAGGCGGACAUCGGUGUCUGAACCGCCCCCUCAGGAAAGCGUGCACCACCUUGAGGCGGUGAUGUUUAAUAUUCAGCAGCUGGCCACGGCGGGACGAGCCCACGAGAAGUCCAAAUGUGACGCUUGGAGCCAAGUCAAUGGAAGCACACUGCUUGGAGAAGCUGUCCGAGAUGCCCCGGGUGGGCUGGAGGAGGCGGUGGACGCCUGUGAGAACCUGGGGGUCAGAUGCGCUGGUGUCAGGAGCGGUGGACUCCCUAGAAGUUAUGAGGCGGUGUUGAAGAGAGGGAGUUGCAUCCUGCCGUCACAGUCCGCCAAAUGUUGGAUCCUUCGGUGCAGCGACCUCUCGGCCGGACGCGUGCGACGCAGCCUCCAGCAGGGAUGUGUCAACCAAAAGGAGGAGCGUGUGUACAGGGUGAUGGAGUGGAUCCCUGCGGUUAGCACCCUCUACAACCUGGGCACAGCCGUGUAUUACGCCUCGGUCAACUGCUCUGAAAUGGCCAGAGAGAGAGCCGUGCUCACCGCGGUGGACGUCGGCACUGACGUCCUCAUGGUUGCCACAGGCGGAACCGCUGGCGUGGCCGGUUACGCUCUCGGGGCCGGGGUGAAGACAGGGGUUAAAGCCGGGGUCAAGUACCUGCUUAACUCUUUGAAGCAUGAAGAUGACGUGUUGGUCAACCAGGCCGGCUGGCAGGAUGGCAUCUUCACCUUACCGUGAACUCAUGCCGUCUUUCCGUAUCCAUCACAAUCAAACUUGAAUGUGAAGGGUAGGCGAUACCACACCAUUUCGUAUCACCACUACGGAUACUUUUUACUUUUUUUUUCAAGCCCAUGAUAUUCUUUUCUAAUCUUGGCUGUGAUUUCCUCAUGAUUAAAAAUCAGAAUAGCAAACUUAUUAGUCAACAAUUCAACAUUUAUAGCAGUAUGAGUAUUAUGUAGCAUAAAAAGAAGAGAUAUUUGUGAAAAUAAACACAGAAGACAACUGAAGAUAUCCAUCUGAUCACACUAGCAUCCACCUUGACUGGAUGAAGACACUGUUUUUAUGUUUACUCUAGUAUGACUCUAGUGAAGUGUUCUUGUCAUGCUGAAACGGCAAAUAAACGUGUCAGCACUGGCGUCUGUCAUGAUGCUGGGAUUGCAUCAAAGUGCUCUGCGACGACCACCCUAGUUUAUCACGGAGACAAUAUCCACACAUCUCUGCAUCGCUUAUCAAUGACUACAACUGAACAGCGAAUAACAGAUGAUGCUGUGUUUGUUUUCUGGC